AUGGCUCCUAUCAUCGUCACAACAGAUUACAUCGGUCUCGUCUAUGCUGCUUUAUUAGCUGUAGGAGGGCUGAUCGGCGGUUUGAGAAGAGGAUCAAAGGUUUCUCUAAUUGCUGGAUUGGGAUCAUCUUUAGCAGCUGCAUACGGAGCUGAUAGAGUAUCCAAGAAUUCAACUGAUGUUUUACCUGCUCUGAUCACAUCAUCAGCUUUAUUCUUAUUGAUGGGAUAUAGAUAUACGAAAUCUGGUAAAUUCAUGCCUGCAGGAUUGGUCACUGUCCUCUCUGCUUUAGUAUCAAUUCGAUAUUUCCUACUCAAACCUUGA